UAUUUUAUUUACUACAUUUAUUUAUUUAUUUAUUCAGGUUUCCAGUCUCCCUGCGAGGCUUCGCGGGCCGUGCGGCGUCUUUGCGGUUUCACCUGCUGUGAUGUAACCGGAGGGCUGGACGCGUUUACGGGGCCAGCACCAGCACCAGCAGCUCUUAUUAGUCCCGCACGAACCCGCAACAACCCGCCGGGGCAGGAGCCGCAACAAUCACACAAUAGACGCGAGAACAAAAGCAGCAGCGGCGGCGAGAGACCCCGCACCUGAGCGGGCCUAUACUUUCCCGCGGAGGGUUAUUACUACAACGCGGAGUUUCGGAGCGGUUUGUUUGGAAGGAACCCGAAGGAAAGAGCGGGAGAAGCGGCGGCGGCGCAGGGUAGGCGCUGCGGCUUCGAACCCUCAACCCUGAGCCGCAUUAACCGAGCAGGGCAGCCGGGGGAGAGGGAGCAGGGAGAGCCGGGGGAGAAGGGAUCUGGCCCCGGGAGCGAAGCCGCAGCCGCGGGGCCGCGGACAUGAAGCCAGCAUUCCUCCUGACGAGCCAGCGAGGAGCAUGAGCUGACUCGUUCGGGGAUGUCGGGCAGUAAGGCGCUGGGCGGCGGCGCCGGCGGGGGGGCGCGGCGCAGGCGGACCCGCUGCCGCCGCUGCCAGGCGUGCAUGAGGACGGAGUGCGGCGAGUGUCACUUCUGCAAGGACAUGAAGAAGUUCGGAGGUCCGGGACGCAUGAAGCAGUCCUGCCUGCUGAGGCAGUGCACAGCGCCGGUGCUGCCUCACACGGCCGUGUGCUUCGCCUGCGGAGAGGCGGGGAAGGAGGACACGGUGGACUCUCCGGAGGACAAGUUCAACCUGUGUCUGAUGGAGUGCACCAUCUGCAACGAGAUCAUCCACCCCAGCUGCCUGAAGAUGGGCAAAGCUGAAGGCAUCAUCAACGACGAGAUCCCCAACUGCUGGGAGUGUCCCAAGUGCCACAAGGAGGGCAAGACCAGUAAGGACGGGGCGGACGGCUCGGGGAAGCGCCGGCUGGAUAACGGAGAGGUGGGCCGCUGGAAGCUGACGGACGACCCCCCACCCAAGAAGAAGGCCCCCCCCUCCCUGGAGGAGGUGGGGCGGGGGGGCGACGGGAGCCACAAGAGGAAGAAGGAGAAGGACCCGCCGUCGGACAGCGGAGCCAAGAAGAAGGUGAAAGGACCACAUGAGAAACGGCUCAAGAAGAAACCCAAACAGGAGUCGGGGGAGUCCAACGGUCCCGGUUCCUCCGGAGCGGCCGGAGGCCCGCCGGGCUCCUCCAGCUCCGCCCCCUCCUCCCAGCCGGGCGGGGGGGGCCCCGGGGGGGCCGCCGGAACCACCAGCGCCGACCAGCGCUUCCACCACCGCGAGAAGCUGGAGCGCUUCAAGAGGAUGUGCCUGCUGGAGCGCCGCGCCGACUCGUCGUCCUCCUCCUCCUCCAGCUCAGAGUCCGACUCCGAGUCCGACUCGGACUCGUCCCUGCGGGGGGAGCAGGGGGGCGGGUCCUCGCCCUCCUCAUCCUCCCCGGCGCCGCCCCCCCCGGCGGCCUACGGUGGCGGGCGGGCGGAGCGCAGCCGCGGCGAGCGUGAGCGCGAGCGGCGCCUGGCGGAGCUCGGCUUCAGCGCCAGCGAGGAGUCGGAGGGGGAGGGGGGCCGGGGAGAGGAGGAGGAGCAGGGGGAGGAGCCGGCGGGGGGCGGGGACAAGGCCCGGCGGCGGGCCGGGGGUGACGCCCCCCCGCGGGGCCGGAAGGGCGGGCCGGCGGAGGCGGAGGAGGAGGACACGCCCCCCUCUGACAGGACCAGGAGGAACUCCGCCUCCCUGCCCCCCCCCUCGCCGCUCUCCUCCAAUCAGACGCCGCCGCCGCCCUCGCAGCAGGACGGUUUCGCCAAGCAGCAGCAGCAGCGCAGCAACGGGCAGGACGCCCGCAACGGGCGGACCCGGGGCGGGGGGGGCAAGGAGGGCGGGGGGGAGAAGGAGAACGCCAGCGGCCCGCUGACCAAUCACAGACACGGCGGGGGGGCGGGGGGCGGGGCCAAGGGCGGGCGCAGCAGCAAGGUCCGCAGCAGCAGGAACCAGGGGCGGGGCGGCUCCAUCCCCGCCUCCAACGGGGGGGGCGGGGGGCCCGGCGGCGGGGGGGGCCCCCUGGCGUCGGCCAUGGCGGCGUCGCCCUGCUCGGCGCCGUCCCGCCUGGCGCCGCGCUCCCAGCUGAUGAAGCGCAGCCCGCCGGCCGUCCCCUCGCCCCCCCGCCCCGUGCAGAUGGAGCGCCACCUGGUGCGGCCGCCCCCCGCCUGCCCCGAGCCCAGCCGCCUCCCCCUGGACUGCGGCUCCGCCCACAUCGUCACCCGGGACGUGUGGCUGCGCGUCUUCACCUACCUGAGUCAGCGGCAGCUCUGCGUCUGCAUGAGGGUGUGUCGCACCUGGAGCCGCUGGUGCUGCGACAAGCGCCUGUGGACCCAGAUCGACCUGAGCCGCCAGCGCUCCAUCACCCCCCCCAUGCUGAGCGGCAUCAUCCGCCGGCAGCCCGUCUCCCUGAACCUCGGCUCCACCAACAUCUCCAAGAAGCAGCUGAUGUGGCUCAUCAACCGGCUGCAGGGUCUGCUGGAGCUGAACGUGUCGGGCUGCGCCUGGCCGGCCGUGUCGGCGCUCUGCCAGGCCGUCUGUCCCUGUCUCAAGCUGCUGGACCUCAGCCGGGUCGAGGACCUGAAGGACUCGCACCUGAGGGAGCUGCUGGCCCCGCCCCCCGACACCCGGACAGCGCACGGCGAAACCCGCGCCGGACGCUUCCAGAACCUGACAGAGCUGCGGCUGGCGGGCCUGGACCUGACGGACGCCUCGUCCCGCCUGCUGGUGCGCUACGCGCCGCGCCUGGUGCGGCUGGACCUCAGCCACUGCGGCGCCGUCAGCGACCAGACGGUGCACACGCUGGCGUCGGCGCUGUCGCCGCUGAGGGACAGCCUGACCUACAUCAACCUGGCCGGUUGCGUGAAGGUGACGGAGCAGAGCAUCCCGCUGCUGCGCCGCUGCGCCGCCCUGCAGACGGCCGACCUGCGCUGCUGCUCGCUGCUGCCCUCGGAGACGGGGCAGCUGCUGUCCUUCCCGCCCUCGUCCUCGUCCGCCGCUACGGCUACGGCGGCGUCGUCCUCGUCCACCACAGCCGCCGCACCCCCCCCUUCCUCCUCCUGUCCGGCUGACGACAGAAUGCUGCUGAAGAACAGCUAGAGAACCAGUGACACAAGCCCCGCCCCCCCGCCGGGGGGGAGGGGGCGGAGCUUCCCCUGGGGGCGGAGCCCUGAGCAUGUACAUAUUUGUUCUCUGUACAAUUUUGGGUGUGUGUAUAUAUCUGUAGUUUACUGUAAAUGACCCCGCCCCCUCCGCCCAGCAACCAAUCACCACGCUGGAACAGACGUGUCACGUCCAGCCGCCUCGCGCACACACACACACACACAGACACACACACACACACACACACACAGACACACACCUGGAUCAACGUGCACGUUCUGAUAGAUGACAUCAUCAGACCUGGUCGGUCCGGAGGACGGGGGACGAGCAGAUCGAUCAGCUGCCAAUCAGGCAGGACUGAUCGAUCAAUAACCGCCAGGUUCAGAUGGAGCCGCCGAGUCUCAGCUCGCCGCCUGGUCGCAGGUGAACUCUGGUCAUGUGACGCCCCCGUGUGUGUGUGUGCGUGUGUGUGUGUGUGUGUGUAUGUGUGCGUGAAACUGAGCCUCCAU